AUGGCAAAGGAACCAAAUACGCCUGGGUCGUUUGUGUCCUACCGGUACCUCGGUACUCUUGCCUCUGCAUGGAACUUACACUUGAUCGUAGACAAGCUUGGGCAAAUCGCAUCGUCCACCCCGACGACGACCACGCCGACGACGUCCACGCCGAUCUCAGUCCCCAGUGAAUCGAGCAGCAGCAGUACUAUCGCCCACGCCCAUACUUCAUCUCAUGCAAAGGUAUUAGACACGGCGGUGAUUGCGGGUGUUGCUGCGACCGUCUUCAUUCUUGUCGCGAUCCUCGGGUUUUGCAUCUACCGUCGCCGACAGGGCAAGUCCACCUCGACGAGUGACGUGGCGCAGCCGGAUGAUGCCGCCACUUGCUACUUUCCGGUGCUGCUGACGCCUGCCGUCUCGAUGGGCACGGGCACCGGUCUCUCGACUGCGCAGUACCAGAGCUCCAAGCGCGGCAGUCUCAUCGUUGAGGACGGCGACGAUGUCCUCAACAUGGCCCCGCUGCGCAAGUUCAAGCUCGAGGUCGACGACUUGGUCACAGUCGGGUCCAAGCCAAUUGCGUCCGGCGCCUACGGUGACGUGUGGCGCGGCCGCUACUUGAAGGACGACGUCGCGAUCAAGCGCAUCAAGCACGACUCGACGCGCCACAUUCAAAAGUUUAUGGACGAGAUCCUCCUCAUGUCCAAAAUGCAGUGCAACUACAUUGUCGAGUUUGUCGGUGCGUCGUGGCGUCGGCCGACCGACCUCGCGUGUGUCGUCGAGUACAUGGACCUCGGGGACCUCCGGUCGUUCCUGUCCAAGACGACGCCGGACCAGUUUACGUGGCCGCAAAAGCACAUGAGCAUUAGCAGUAUCGUGCACGGCCUCUUAUACCUCCACACGUUUGAGACACCGAUCAUCCACCGCGACCUCAAGUCCCGCAACGUGCUCCUCGACUCGAAAAAGGGCACAAAGCUGACCGACUUUGGCGAGUCGCGCGAGGUCGACGAGAACACGCUCACGUGUGGCAUUGGCACGUACCAAUGGAUGGCGCCCGAGGUCAUUUCGGGUAGAGAGUACACGGUGGCCGCCGACGUCUACUCCCUCGGGGUGCUGCUCACUGAGUUUUCGACGCACUUGACGCCGUACACGGACAUGAUCAACCCGCACACGCAGAAGCAGUUUAACCAGCAGUACCUCCUUACGCAAGUGACGUCCGGGAAGAUCCGACCCACGAUCGACGUGUCGACGACACCGACGUGGGUGGCCGACUUGGCGCUGCAGUGCAUGGCGACGAACCCGGAAGAUCGCCCGAGCAUCAUGGUCAUCGCUGCCAUGGUCCCUCGCAUUGUCUAA